AUGAAAUUUUGGUCAUCAGAGCAUAUUUUCAAGUAAGUAUAUAAGAGGUACAGUUUUAUUUCAGCAGGUUUCAUAGAUAUUCUCACGUGCUCUCUGAAUAUUCACGUGUCAUAUCGCUGUAAGCUUAUGUAUGAGCUAAACUGUUUAAGACUUUACGCUUUUCUAUGUAUCGGAAGCCUGAAUCCCUGAAUAAAGGUCCAGACGAUCUGAAAGGGAGAGAACUCUGCGAUUUACAAUUUUCAGUUUUCAACUUUCCUUGUCUAAAAUAGAUUAAAGCUCUAAUGAGCCCUACGUUUAUAAUCUGUAAAACUCGGGUUAAAACUUAGUCGAUAUCAAUCUCAGGUCAGUGUGAAAAAGUUGAAAGGGAGGUAUAGACCUUUCCCAAAACAUUUUAAGGUUAAAAGAACUUAUCAUCCUUCUUUCCAAACCAGGGAAUGAUAAAGUGAGGCCAAGUUUAAUACUCGCCCAAAAUGCAAGUCGUUGAUAGAGUUACGUAACGCCGUAGUAAGCACAGGUCUUACUUAAACCUUGUUCUGUUAGAUCUUUCUUUAGUUUCCGGUCGAUUUUGAAAACAGUCCUAAAGCUCGAUUAACAAUCUUCCCGGUGCUUUCAGCAAAUUCCAAGGUGAAUUUCUUGCACUUCCAAAGUUUUGCUCAAGUAUUGUUUCAGUUUCCGUUGGCACAACUGUUAUACCUGGGAGAAACUGGAAACAGUGGUUACUGAAUGAAAAAAUAUGGGGAGGGGGCAAACAAGAUAUAUUCGGUAACAAUGUUUUUUCAUAAACAAAGAUAAAAGGAUAUUACAUGACCACGCAGAGAUACAAAAUUUCUUUUCAAGUGUUUUCACUCAUUUUAACAAAAGGAGAGAAAUUUUUAUAUCUCCAAGGUAGCCUGUAAAGUUCUUUUAUUAUAUACACACCAUUGAAAAACCAGAGCAUUUUACUUGAAUAAUUUUUUGUUGCAAAAGGUAUGAUUUAUUAUGUAACCAUAGCAUCAGUGGUCUUUCAUGUGUGAAUAUACAUCAUGUUUUCAUAUGAAAGCCCACCUGGUUUUCAUUGGUAUUUAUAUAAUAAGAUGUUUUCUUCAGUAUUGUUGGUUUUCACAUGACAUCACUAAAAUUCAAACCACAAAAUUAUCAAUCCUACUGAGACUUUACUUUCAUUAUGUAUUAGAGCAACUGAGAACUAAUUUUCAUACAAAUUUUUGCUUCAAAAGGGUUCUUGGUUUUGUGAUAGAGUACGCUUGAAUUUCUAAGCUAUUGCAUGACGUGGCAUUUACAUGAAGGCCGAGAGAGCUGUCAUUUAGGAUAAAAAAGUGACUUAUUUUGGGGAAUUUUGCCAUCUAAACAGUUCAUGUAUUAGAAAAAGUAUUACUUUAAUGGUUAUGAGUUCCUCGAGGAAUAAAUUCAUGCUUUUGUACCAAAACUCGGUAACAGAUGUGUUGUUAGUUUCCAUCCGCCAUGUUGGUGCCCAUCCAGGUUAGAACCAGCAUGGCGUCUCCAUACAAAUCUCUAUAAAUUUGGGUAAAACGUUUCUUCGGAUAUCUCGUAUACGUAAUAUUCUUCUGGCCUGCAUCUUGGCGAGGGUCUUUGUAUAUUUACCUCCUUUCAUUUCCCAGAUUCCAAACUUUAUCUAUUGAACAGUUUUGAUUUUGAUUUUGAUCUUUUUUGAAUGGCGUAACACUGAAAACCAGCAAUACUGGUAUAAUCAACAAUGAAUUAGAUCUUGAACGGAAAAGAAUACUGUGCACUUGAGGUCAAACAAAACUGGUAUUGGUUGCAACAUGUACAGUCAUAGCCAAUCGGUUCUCACCGUUAUAUAGUCUUCAUAAACCACAGCAUUGCAGUUGCAAAACUUUGUUUUUCUUGCUACAUUUUAGUCACUGUUGGGAGCGGGUCACACAAGCUGUUUGGAGAAAGUAUCCUAAUGAUCUAAAUCCAAAUGUCAAAACCAUGGAUGUGCUUGAUCGCCAUGUGGAUGAACAUGGAAGACUUCAUACUACAAGACUUGUUGGCACCGAAGGAUUCCUGCCCUCAUGGGUCUGUAGCAUGAUUGGAAUUAACAAUACUUGUUAUGCCUAUGAACAUUCUGUUGUUGACCCAGAGAAGAAAACCAUGAUAAUGGGGAGUCGGAAUAUGACUUUGUCAGGCUGGGUGGAUGUGGAGGAAACACUGACUUAUUCUCAGCACGAAGAUGAUGAUAAGUGAGUAGUAAAAAUGCUAAGACUGUGUUUAAAUAAUUGUUUUUUGUCCGACAAUUUCCAUAAGCGACCACUCAGUCUUUGCAUUUUGGGUGGUCGCUUAUGGGAGUUUUGACUGUAUUAAACAACUGACCCUGGCCCUGGGUUUUUAAUAGAUGUUGUAGUUAAUACUUUAUCUCAGGUAAUUUUUGUUUUUGAGUAUGGUAAUGUAUGCUAAUAAAGUUGAAACAAAAGAGAAAUAAUAUUACCUGAGAUAAAAAAUUAACUACAACAUAUAUAUGCGUCUGUUUGGGGGAGAAAUAGCACAGUCAUGGAGAAGUGAAAGUGAAACAAUAUUUUGAUGACUGUCUUAAUGAUAGAAACCAUUAAAUUAUACCAUUUCUAGUUCACUGUUAUGGACACUUUACUCAUAUCUAUGACCAUGAAUACAGUUCAACUGUCUCGUACCCCCAAGAAGUAGAUAGUUUACGUGUUAUGGCUCAAUAAUACCGAUAACUUAUUUGGGCAAACAUGGUCCUAAAAACUUUUUUGUUGAUAGUUAAUCAGGGAUGUCCCUAAGAGCCAGCAGCCGGCUAAUUUCACCGGCUGAAAUAGCCCAAACACCAGCCCUAGAAAACAAAGACAUUGGGUAAUUCUGAAAGUAUAGUUGAGUAAAAAAGCUGCCUUGACCAACAAAAAAUCCUGCUUGGCUUUUCCUUAGCUACAUCCCUGGUUAAUAUUUAUGUAAACUGGCUCUCUUUGGCUUCAUUUCAUUGGAUAUAUGGAAUAACAUUCAAAAAAGGUUUUAGCUUGAAUGAGGCAACAAGUGCCAAUUAACGUGAAGACAAAAGAAGGUGGUUUAAGGAAUCAGGAUAAAAAGAGUGUUGUUAACUGACCCCUUCAUCUUCCACUAUUACUGUAUUUUUUGUCGGAGUGCUACACAAGAGCUAGCUACAGUUGCCAAAACAGUUUUACACUACACUUUAAACAUUAUAAGUCAAAUUGUUUUAUUGAUUUUACCUCAAGUAUCCUUUAAUAUAAAUGAUGUUGAACCUUUGUGGUACAAAUUAUAAUUUGAAAAAAAAUUAAGGAUCCAAUGACAAUUCCAUGACAUUAUUUACAAUUUUUUUUUCCAGGACCAGACUAACUCAGGAUGCUGUAAUAAAAGUAUUUAGGAUCAGCUUCAAAGAUUACUGUGAAAGUCUUAUUAGGUCCACAAUGGCUAAUAAUGCAUCAAAGGUAAAAAGCUAAAUGGUUCCAUUGUUCACCUAUAAACUCCUGAGAAUGCAAAGGAAGUCCCUUUACAGUUUUUACGGAAACUUAAGGAAAGAUGUAGCUAGCAUGUACUAGCCUAAUAGUCAUUUUAACUAGACUGAAAAACAAAAAUGUUACUUUGUGAAUGAAUUACACCUGUCCAUUAGUUAAUUAAUAACUUGCUUCAUCAAUGCAUUGCACAAAUAAUAUUAAUGUAAUAAUUUCACUUUGAGACCUUUAGAGGCUAGAAUUUAUUUUUCCAAAAAUUACAAAAGUGAAAUCGUAUGAUAAGAAUCUUGCUUGUGAUGUUUGUUUGCAGGGCAGACAAGCAAUGGAAAUGGUGAUUUCCAAAAUCAACAGAGAGGUUCAAGAUUUGGCUUCUAAUAUUGAACAAGCUACAAGUAGACUGAACUCUGAAUUGGAACAUGCAACAAGCAUAUUGAACACGGAAUUUGAACAGGCCAAACAGGGACUUGAACAGGCUAGUUUGUUUCCACAAGCCUUUUGUGAAGGUUCCUCAUCAAAGCCUUCAAGCUGAUGUUAGUUUUUCAAUAGACAUGUAUUAAAUGUUUGAUGGUUGUUCAAUUCUAGAGGGACAUAGUGAUGUUCCUAGGACAGUGUCAAGCACAUUCAAGUUGUUUACUGAUGUGAGAUGCAAGAUUUGACUGAGUUGUUAAGAUUUGUCAAGUCCUUCAAGGUUUAUUACGGGUAUCCUUCUAAAGGUAUACGUUACAAUGGAAUGUGUCAGGACUGCACUAGUCUUGUGCUAUUUGCUGAUGUGAUGUGCAAGCUGCAAGGGAAUGCAUCACAUGUAACUAAGCAUUUAAAGGAUAAUUUUUAUCAGCAGCCUUCUGAAGGCCUGCAUUUACCAAGGAGUAACCUGACAUCAAAUAGAAGACAUAAUCAAAGUCAUGGACUUAUACAAGUUACGAAAGCUGCAAUGAUGGAUUAGUUGUACGUUGUAAAGUGGUCUCCAUCAAGAUUGCCAGACAUAACUAAACAGGGUGCAGGGAAUAAGCUCCCAAGUCAUUCCCGAUCAAACGUCAAAUUAUGCAUUAUUAUUAUUCACAGGGUUUCCCUUUUCAGCCUGCAACCAGUGACAUUCGCUGCUUCUGAAGAGGCCCAUUGCUGGUAACUAAGCAACGCCUUGCUGUCUUUGGCACUCAAAUGCACAAAGAUUGUCUUCGCCUGCUAAAGGAAAUUCACCUGCUGCUUGGUUUGAAAAGGAAAACCCUGUAUUCACAAUCAUACAAGGCCAAUUUGAAGGAGAGUCAAGCAAUUAAUCAGAUUAAAGAGUCACUUGGGAUCUUUGCCUCAUUACUUCCCCCCCCCCCCCUACCCCAAAUGAUAGAGACAGGACUCCUCAGGAAAAUCCUGAUACAAGGCACUCUUAUUUAUCACAAAAUGCAUUUUCAAGGUGUCAAUGUAGAGAACAUUAUUUAUUUAUUUUAACUGGACCAAUGUGAAGGUGCUAUAACUUAACAUUGCUUUUCUCUUGCUUAAUAUGCAUAUGGCAUAGAUCACGCUAUAAUUGAAUUAAAAAGUAUCUUUAAAUUUUUACUGUAUCUUUAUACAUGUACAGGUCUGUUACUGAUUAAAAGCAAGAAUUUUGUAACUGUUUAUGCUUGGUUGUCAUGUUUGUUUUGAAGACGAACAGCAUAAAUUAAAAUUUUACUGUUAAUUUCUACGGUCAGUUGUGUCUGCCAUUAGGUUUGUAAAUAAAUAAACCUCUGUUAGAAUGUAGCCUGCAGAGUGGCUUUUGUGAAAUAUGC